AGGGGAGCAACGAACUGAUUCACAACCAGAAUUUCAGAGGAGAUAAAAGAUAAACCUGCGAGGCUGAGUGCAGAAAAGCCGUCAAGCGCUGUGAAUCAAAACUCAAAUCACUUGUGGUUUUGUCUCGGGCUCCCUGGGAGAGAUUUGGAUCUGUCAGAACAAAAACACAGUUGUUAAAAACAACAUGUAAACACUUUUUCAUUUGAACAUAUCUUGGCUUUUUUAUACCUCCACAGGCUCCACUUUUCUCUGGAGGAUGCUGCGUCCACUUCUCACACACCUCGAUCUCCUCUGUCUGGAUAUCUCUGUCAGCAUUGUCUUCAUUACACUGAGCAUAAGCCUAACAGGGAUGAAGAUUUCACAUCUGAUAUGAGCAUGAAGUACACAUUUUUUCUUUCAUUCUUGGCCAUGAAUCUAUGCCGUCUGAAAGACACAAUGGAAAAAAAACACUGACCUGCUUGGUAUUUGUAGUUCCAAAGCUUUUAAUAUACAUGUCAUAUUCAUUAACAGGCGGCAGAUCCAAAUGGGAAAAUGUCAUGGAAAAAUCCAGAUCGAUUAAGCGAAGGAGCGCUGUGCUACGUUUCCUGUAGAAAGAGGAAAAAUAAAUUAAAGUGUGGCUUAAAUGGAUACACACUAAAUAAUUUGAGAGGGUGUAUGUUUACAUUCUGUUAUAUAAAUACUUUUGUUUUGUUGCAACUUUCUUGCUGACUUCACGUUGUUUCGCAGCCACAAAAUCAAUAAACUUCCCGCGGUGGGUGGCUCUACUCUGACUCUUCUCAGAUCCUGUUAAAAAAGCAGAAAUGAUGGAAUACAUCCCCCAUAAGUCUGCACAGAACAUGCUGACAUUAACAGAUAGUUUCUAGACAAGCCACUUUAAGAGCAGCCUGUACUGAGUUUAUCGCAGAGAGAGUACUGUCCCCAUCUUUGGACAAAAUGAAUUUUGAAAAAGCGCCACAAUGUUAUUAUCCUUUUCUCUUAUUGAUUUUGUUAGUAAGGUUUGGGUAAUGUGUUUUUCACUUUUCAUAUGUACUGUUGCUUGUUUUUAAUGUGCUUAUUUAUUCAUACUUCAGUGGAGGCAAAUUGGAAUUUGCAGCACUUGAGUCCAUGGCAUGGUUUGGUAUAGUACGAUUGUAUGGUAUUUGUUAGGCAUGGCUCAGCAUACAAUAGGAAACCAGGACAUCAGACAUAGAAAACAUUCCUAAAACAGCAUAAAGAUUACUCAAGCAAUAUGUUUCUCAUUGUAUCAUAUUAAACUGUAUUGGUUUGUGUCAAAUCAGUUUGUAUCUUAUCAUAAUGUGUUGUAUUGUACCCUAUCAUGCCAGAUCACUCUGUAUGUUGUAUCAUAGCGUGUUGUGUCUAAUUGUGUUGUAGUGUGUCAUGUCUUAUGUAUCCUAUUGUAUUGUAUCCUAUCAUAUUGUAUUGUAUCUUAUUGCAUCUUAUCUCAAGGUAUCGUGCAACAUAAACUGUAACAUAUUGUACUGUAUCAUAUAAUAUUCUAUCAUACCAUAUUGUAAAAUACUGUUUAAGGCCCUAUCCCAAAGACAGACCUUAAGUACCAUGGUUUGAGCAUCAAAGUUAUAAAGGACCUGUACCUCUCGUCCAUUUAGGCUCAUCCUCCUCAUCUCUGCUGGUACUGCUUCUAGACUGAGCUGUUCCCACUCUUUCAUUCUCUUCAUCCAUCGCUCUUUGAAUUGCUUCGAUUUCUUUUCUCCUUUGUGCUGUAAGUUCCUCCCUCUCUCCAUCUGUCCCCUGAUUUUGUGGCACCUUCUCUCCCUCGUCUUCAUUUGCGCUCUCAUCCAUUUCCUCAAAGUCUUCCUCGUAAUCCUGUAAACAGAGAAAAACCCAUCCUGUUCUAAAUACAGUAUGUUUCGCCAUAAAUUUGAAAACAUGGCCUCAAACAAAAACUUUCCAAGUAUGAACGUGAAAAUGGAUAAAAUGGAUGCAUUCAUGAAAUCUCUAAAUACUUACCACUUUCUUUGAAUGUAUAUUGAUUACAGCAUGCAAAAGUGAUACAAAAGAAGGGAAUUAAUGUAAAAAAAAUAAUUAUGAUGAUGAGAUCACUUCACAAAUAUUCAACUGUAGCCUCUUUCAUAGUUAAAAGAAUGAUUUAUUACCUCAAAGUCAUCUUCAUAUUCCUGCUCAGCCUGCUCUUCAGCAUUGACUUCCUGCUGAGGUGACAUACAUUCAUGAAGUAGUAAACAUCUUAAAUACUUUAAAAAGUGUGUAGAGACCUUAUGGUGAAGCUGGGGGAGAGUACAUCAUGCAGUGCAGACAGCUGUUGGCUCACGCAUGCAACAGAAAAGAUCAUAAGGCCAAAUUUCUGCUUGUAAUUUAUGUAGCCAACCACAGGAUGAGGUGAAAAUGGUUUUGUAUUCAUGCAAUAUAAGAAACUGUAAAUAAGUCUUUAUGUUAAACUAGAUUUUAGAGGCAAUGAAACACCAUCCCGCCAAAACCAAGUGCCCAGAAAUGUACAGCAAUCCAACAAACAUCUUACAGUCUUCUCUGAGUCUCCAACAUGUUUUACAGAUACAGGUGCUACUUCCUGGAUAACAAAAGGGAAAAGCCAUAAAAUCUAUUAGAUAACACAACCUAUAAAUACUCGACAGAAUACUGCGUAACUUUCAGAAUGACAAACCUCAGUUUUAGUCUCAUGUCUGUUGCUUUUUUCAGUUUUCUUGGAGCUGCUGCUCCUGUCUUUAUGGUGAUUUCUUUCCGGUUCCUCCUCUGCCCUCUCUCUAUGCCUUCUUUCCUUGUGUCUGUCCCUCUCUCGCUCUUUGUCACCAUGGUGAUGCCUGUCCUCUUCAUUUGACCCCUUCAAGCCUCGAUGCUCCCUGGAUUCGCUGUCAUGCUUUCGCCUUUCAUCCUGGAGAGAAGGAAAAGCAAUCACAACACUGUGACUAAAAGAUUCUGACAAGAGAGUUAUAGAUAAAAUCAGGAGGAUGCUUACUUGAGAUCCCCUCUCAUUGUGUCUUUUUUCUCUCUCCUCUUUAUGUCUCCGUUCUCUCUCCUCUGUAUGUCUCCUUUCUCUCUCCUCUUUAUGUCUCCGUUCUUUCUCCUCGGUAUGUCUUCUUUCUCUGUCCUCUUUAUGUCUUCUGUGUUCUUCUUUGUGUUCUGAAAUCAAAACACACAAAUACAAAAAUAAGUCCUUAAAAUACAGUAUGACCAGCUAAAUCACACACACACUACUGUGCCCAUACCUCUUUCCUCCUUCAACUCAGAGUGUUUUUUGUCUCGGUGUCUCUCUCGUCUUUCUCUGUCAUUCCUCUCGUCUUCGUUUUCAUCGUUGUGUCUCUGUCUCUCUCUAUGCCGCUCUCUUUUUUCCCUCUCAUGUUUUCCUAUCAUAUCUCCCUGCACUUCUCUUGUGUCCCCGUAUCUCCUUCUCUCCUUUUCACUCUUAUGCUCCCUGUCCUGUUCUUCUCUCCUUCUUUCCUUUUCCUCCCUCCUCUUCUCCCUGUCUUCCCCAUUAUGUCUGUUUCUGUCUCUUUCCUUCUCUUUCUCCCUAUCUCUGAGUCUUUCCUUGUCCCUUUCCGUGUAAUGUUUUUCCUCCCUGUCUUGUCUUCUGUCUCUGUUCUCUCUGUAAUACUCAUCAGCCCCCUUACCAUCCUCUAACCUGUCUCUGUCUCUUCUCUUCUCUCUUUCCCUCUCAUCUCUUCUAUCCCUGUCCCUGUCGCCUCUCCUGUCCCGUGAGCCUUCUUUAUGUCUAUCUGCAUAUCUGUCAUUUUCUACCUCAUGUCUUCUUUCCCUUGUACUCUCUCUUUCCCUAUAUUUCUCUCUCUCUCUUCUGGACUCCUUCUCUGGAUCUCUUGGACGCCUCUCUGUUGAUUCUCCACCUCUGUGCUUUCUCUCAGAGUCAUCUCGUCUUCUGACAUAGUCGUCCCCUGGGCCUUCCUCCUAAAAAGGGAAAAAUUCGUGUAUUUACGUUUAUUGGUAUCAAUGAGCCAGAAUCAUAGAUUUCUAUUGUGCUGUUAACUUACCCUGAUGUGUCUUCUCAGCUCAGCUGGUCUCCAUGUGUCUUCCUUGUUUAGUUUCUGAAUACAGAAAUUAGCUUUGUUUACUAAAUGCCCAAACCAACGUUAUUAUAACACAACAAAAACACCUUUUUAUUCAACUAAACUCAUGCAAAUAAGCAAAAUAGCUAACGUUUUACAUCUACUCCACCGGACUCGAAAAUUUCUCCUGAAAAUAGAACUAUACGUUGAGUUUACAUGCAAAAGUAAAGCUAUUACCUUUCCGCUGUGCAUGUUUUCAUCUGUUUUUUUCUUUCUGGGGUAUUUUAAUCUCCAAAAACAAGCUCAUAUUUUCGUAACGACGACGCCAUGACAGUUAACUACUAGUGCGCAGGCGCAGUUGGGCGAAACUAAGGAGAACGCGUCACUUCAGCAUGACAACAGGCUUAUUAAUCAGAAGCAGAGCAACCCUAGAAUCAACAGCCAGUUGCCGUGGCAACGGGCAGGUCUUUUAUUUAAAUAAAAAAACACGUCAAUAUUGUUUAGUAAAUGAUCAAAUGUUGUACGCUUGUCGUGCAGAUCCUGCUGUUAAAUAUGGUGGCGCAAUGUUAACAAUUAUUCAUUUAAAAAAAGCUAAUUUGUAUGGUGAUCGAUUUCUCUGUGCUCGUCGUGUAUUCGCAACCGAGCGUAAGCCAGCGUCGCCGCCAUGUUGGAUAGGUCUCCCCACUCCAGGCUCGCUCGAUAGCCAAACGGGGUUAAUGGAAAACGAGCAACUAUGCCCGCAUUUUUGCACACUAUGGUUGGAAAACUCGACGCAGUAUUGAAACCAGAUCACGUAGGGUUACAUUUUACGAAUAGGACUAAAAAAAUAAUGUGGUUUAUUUUUAAUGUUUGACAUUGUCCUGUAUUAUUGCUACGUCCAUGUCGUUGUAACAAACCAAACAGUGUGAAAAUCGGGCAGAGAUUCGGAGAGUUAUUAUCAAUAUGGUUGAGCAUUCUUACCUACCUUAAUGCACCGGAGGCUCAUGGGGGACCCAUCCAAGACGGCGGCCGCGCUGAUACGUGAGCUCCAAUAGGCAGCAACAGUUUUUAAGGCGUCUACGUAUAUUAUGUCUAUGCUCGCAACCAUUUCUUAAAGAUUUUUGGCAUCUGGCAGUGUGAUAAGUUGACUCAAAACUAUCGUAAGUGUGUUUAUUCGCUUUAUUCGUUUCCAGGCCACUUUUUUAAACGUCCUUUGUACUAUAUUCCUGUCGAUUUCCCCAAGUGACGCUUAUAAACAGCUGCGUUUGCUGUCAGUGACCACCAGAUGGCACCAUUCAACACUUUUGAGCCGAUCUACUGUCACAACAGGGACCGCUCAGUGCAUGAUCCUCCGGGGUGUUCAGAAAUUGUCAUUUCUCAACAGUGCCGAGGCAGAGGAGAGCGAUCAGGGCGGAGGAAGGGAUCGGUUGCUGUUUAAACGGAAGGAAUGCUUUUCUUAUUUUCUAGUCAUUUAUAAAGUAGUCAAUGCAAACGGUUCCUAGUCUGAAGGCGAUGGGCUGGUGUGCAGGUGAGCCAACGUGAGAGCAGUCUUCCUGAAGGAACCGCUUUGGUCCGCUCGCACAUGGGAAGCGUGUCACCCAACCUUCCCCUGAUUUUGACAGUUUGAGGACAGACUGCGACAUGUCUAGAGACAACAUGACAGAUGUUCGAGGAGCCCACUCACACGGUACCAACCCCGCUUCACCAAAGGAGAACGGACACGCAGCGCCGAGUCCCGUUCAACCCAACUUUCCCCAACCCUCAGCGGGGGGCAUACCCGAGGAUAUCCCGGUGUCCUCCACCAGCGAAUUGACUCAGACAUGGGUCCACUUUGCUAAAACCUUUGUUCUUAUUUUCCCCAUUUACGCGCUGGGCUAUUUUGAGUUCAGUUUCAGCUGGCUGUUGAUUGGACUUGUUCUCUUUUUCUGGUGGAGGAGAAACACGGGAGGGAAACACAGCAGACUGAACAGAGCUCUUGCCUUCUUUGAGCAAGAGGAGAGAGGUGUGAGGCAGAGUCUGACCACCUCUGAUCUACCACCAUGGGUAAGACACUCUGAUGAAAUCAUACCCACAGCCCUUUAUCCUACUUGAGCUGUUUAUCUGUAUUGCAUGUGUUAUUUUUAUGUACUAUAUUAUUGAGUUUCCAGGAAAAUAUAAUCAGCUGACAGGAGCAGGAGGAGCAGAGUUGAGCUGUAAAGCUGUGAUGGAGCAGCUGUUCCCCCCCAGCAGUGACAUUAGCAUGAGUCCCAGGCUAAAUACAGCAGGGUACAAUGGUAAACCAGACACCACGCUGGAAAGGAAACAAGCCCACAGGGUCUGUGUUAUUUUGGGACCCAGACUGCUAUCUCUCUGCAAGAACUCACUCUAUUACUGCAACACUUGUUAGAUAACACUGGAGUUCUUGACUUCUGCUUGUCAGGGUUAAUAGUUUGGUGUUGAGGGGCUUUUCAAAUCUCCUCUGAGACCCUUUUUGAAAUUCUUUGCAAUCAUGAAUCCCAUCAUAAGGAUAUAAUUUGAUGAUAUGCAGAGUGUGGUUUGGUCUGCUUUUUGAGCAGGAAUCAUCAUUUCUGUCACCUCUAUAUACAGUAUGUCAUGUGACUUUUUACCACACAAGUGCUUUUGGAAGUGGAUUGUAGGACACCAUGUAAUCCAUGUAGUUAACCGCUGUCUGGAGGGAGCAGGAUUAUAGCUUCAAUGGGAAAUAUGUCAAAGUAAACAGCACGGCUUCUUUAGAGGGUAUUGCGGGGAAUUACAGCACUUCAUGAAGGUUAUACAAAGUUUACAUGUCAGCAAUUGAAAUUCAGUUGUCUCUUAAGUAAUAACUCUGUUGAAUUUUCAUUGGUUGGGUACAGAAUGGCUGUAGAGGGACAUUCACAAGUAUUGGAUCACCAUAGAUCUAUUGAGAAAUGCUGUAAAUGUCCUUUCUUUUAUUUUCCUUUACCCCCAAGAAAUCCAAUUAUGAUGCAUCCAAUCCAGUGUGAUCCGAGCAUGACACAAUGCUCAAGUGGACUCCAAUUUGAAGCGAGUCCCAUCUCUUUGCAUAUUAACCUAUUAAAUGAUAUCACACUGUCCUCAGAGUCCCAGCUCCACUGGCGUUGGACUCUCAGUGCAACCUCAUGUUUAAAAAAGCUUAUUCUGCUGACAGGGCUAUAAAGGCACUGAGGCUAUUUAAUGGAGAUGGAGGAGCAAAACAUCUCACUUAAAAGAAAAAGGCACUAUUGAAUGCCCCCUGAAACCUCUGCCUAAACUGCAAGUCAAGCACAACAUGAAAACUCUGACUGUACCUGGCGUGGCUGUAACACCUAAAGAGAUUGAUUAGAAUCCCGCAGACUGUAAGACUGAGCACAUAUCGCUGCAUCGAUCCUAGCCCUGCCAUCAGGGGAGAGGACAGGCCACAGCUAUUACUCCCAAAUCUUGGCUAGUGCCAGUUUCCCCUGCAAGGCAGAAGUGAGUCUUAGAAGGCAUGUCACUGCCUUCACAAAGAAUAUUUUAGUGAAGCGUCUCUAUCCCUGAACUUUAGUGGCUGAAGUGCACUUCACCGUUUUUAGCCAGUGUGAGUCUCUCGCUGGCAGAUCUUUGCACUAAAAGCAUUAACAUUUAUGCAGAGAUGCAGACCAUGCUUCAGUGUUAUAUGAGAAAAAGGUAGGAGUUAGGGACUGAAUUUGAUGGUAGAUAUGUCAACUUGGUCAUAUGUUGUGCAGCAUAAUUCAAAGGCAUGGAAUGGAUUUGGUGUAUGAAUUCACAAAAAGCCUGUUUGCAUGUCAUAAUAUGGGAUUAUAGUGAGAGCAGAUAUGCAAAUAAGAAUCCUGACAGUCCCUCAUGUUGCAGAGGCAGAAGAAUUUUGAAUGGUUUGUCACCCAGCUGCCAGCUGACGAUACGAACAGGUUGAUGUCAAGUUUUCAAAGCUGGUUUUAUUGUUGUGGAAGUCAUUGAAUAACACAGAUAAACAAAAUCUCUCAGAUUCAAAGGCAGUGGGAUUCGAUUACUUUGAACUCAGUAUUUUACUCACAGUAAAGUCACAACAUGCGUGCUUUGUUGUUGACGUUCGUAAUGUUUCAUUUGGCAUUUCUCUUUAGUCUUGCCAGUCUUGAGUUUAUCAUGUAGGUCUGUGGCUUCAUUAGGUCUGUUUUCUUCAGUUUUUGGUUGAUGUCUCCUUGUGUGUUUUAUUAUUUCUUGUCGGUUACUGUAACUAAAAAUGUAAGGUUUGUGCACUUAGAAUAACGUGGAAGUAAUUCUAAAAAUAUUCUCCAUGUUGUUUAUCACUGUGGUCAAAAAAGAACAUUUUUGCCACAUUGUCAACAGGAAGAGGUGAAAUGUUUUGGACUCCUAUGACGUGUGUGUGUGUGUGUGAUCUGGUUGUCUGUGGUGUUGACUCUUCCAUUAAGAACUGAUUAACAUUGUAAUGAGGUUUUGAACAAUCGGAAUCAAUUAUUUACCACUGCCAGUUGAUUGGUAAGAAAGUCAGGUAAUAAUGCCUUAAUCUACUGUAUGGAUUUUGUUAAGACUGCACUAAUGAAGUUUAAAAGUAAAUCAGGAUGUGAAGUUUGUUUCCUUUCAAGAACAGAGGCCAUCAAGGGCUCCACAAUAGACCGAUGAAACAAAAGCAAGAUUUCACAGAUGGGCCUUCAACUGCUUUAAAGAAGUCAACAGGUCUCACUACAAAGAGAAAGUUCCAGAGUUUAGGAGCUUAAAACACUUAAAAGAAGACAUCCACAGCAGCGAAAUCAGUGCUGUAGUUGCAGAGUGUCAAUAGAAGUUUAGUAUCUCAGUUCUGUGCGUUCAUUAAAGGCCGUUUAAACUGGAGGUGAAUCACUGUCGUGGUUAAAAAAACUAAGCACACUCUUAAUUACUCUUUGAAGACAUAAUCCCUAAUGACUGUAUACAAACACACCAACAAGCUGAGUAAUUAAGAUGCUUUGCUUCCACUCUCAGCUGCAGGGCUCAGGUUCUUUUUCCUGGCAGCUCUGAAGCAUAUCAGCCAUUACUUCACCUACAUUUACUGAAUAGGGGUCACUGUGUCAGGUGUUAUAAUGACGCUCUGUCAGAUGAUUUUACUCCCUCCACCACAUGAAACGACAACAGGCCUGAGUGUGUCAUAUCAACCAGAACUCCCUUUUCCCCCUCUCCCUGCUCUCCUCACCUCUUUAUUUUUUUACUUUGACAUUAAUGCUGCAUCUGCACUUUUGCAGCCUCCUGCAGGAGAAGUGCUGUCCCUUGUUUCUGUCAUAUCUUGCCAGCACUCCAGCCACAAAUGUCACUCUAUCUUUCUGUUAAGAUUAGGCUGAAAAAGCCUUCAAUUCGGAGUGAAAGAGAGGCAGGGCUGUUUAUCUUUUAUUUAUCAAGACGGGGGUUGCAUCGCUGCACACCUUUGUGAAAGUUAUUGACUUUACUGAAGGCCCUUCCUUUUACCUCAUGUUAAAUCGAUGCUCGAUUUACUUUGCUUGUUCAGGAAGAUUAAUUGAAUUGCAGCUAAGUCUUACAGCACUGAUGUAGAUCUAUAAAUAUGCUCUCUAUUGAGACAGGAGGCAGGAGGGAAGUGUUCAACACGAUUGUAUCAGAUUUAUUCUAGUAUCCUGUGACACUACAAAAAUCCAAUUUAUAGAUUUAUUUGUCAAGCGUAUCAGUCAACUAACUCAGCCUGAAUUUUUCUGGCUAACUCAAAAUGUGAUAACAUAAUCCAAAGGUUUGCUCUGCUGUGUUUCAUCAAAUGCACCACAGAAAGGAGGAUGAUAAAAGAAACGUCGCAUGAUCAAAACUCAGGGAGAGAUCUGAUAAUCCUUACACAAAGAGCGUUAGGAUAAGACUUUUUCAUCUGUCAUCGGAUACUCGUGCAUUAGAGUUAAUCACAAUCACACUUGGCUCACUCUCUCUCUCUCUCUCGUUGUUUAUGGUGGACUGCUGCUGUGAAUUUCAGCUGUGUUAUACUGUUUGUAAUGCCAACAAGACGUGCUUUAAUCAGGCUUUUAAUUUUCUCUAUAUAUCCAUGAUGCUGCUCAGUUUGAUCUGGAAAACCUGAAGUUAGCAAAUGAAUUUCACUCUGUCCAGUACUGUGGUUUUAGACUUGGACUGUCACAAUAUCAGAUUUUCACCUCAAGAUCAUCACAACAACUACAGUAUCAUGAUGAAUUCAGGAAAUUUGAAAGUGAAACAACACAAUCAGUGAAAUAACUCACAUAUUAGAAUACAUUCCUAAUGUUAUCAAAUUUAUAAUUUAUCCACAUCGCUAGCUCUGUUACUAAAACUUGUUUGAAGAGGCAUGAACUCAUAAAUAAAUGCUAUUAUUUUGAUGUUUUGUCUUGAAUUUAGCUUGGUUCAUUUGCAGCAUGGUAAAUCUAAGCUUUUGUUUUGAAGUUCCACCAGAUCUUAAGUUGCAUAUAUGAAUUAAAAAACAUAAUGGUUUGAUAGAACAGAUGUUGGUUUGUUUGGUGACAAGAGACACAAGCUUUAAUGUUGUUUUGGGGCUCACAGUCUAAAAAAAAAAAGACUUUCAGAUUAUCUCUCAGAGCUGUAGUAACAGCUUCCUCAUUUUUCUCUCUCCUCUUUUUUAUGAUGUGUGCCAACCAGUGUGAAGGACAACUAUUAUGAACUCAGUGCAUUACAAUUUGCUUAUUUAAACCACAGUGGAAAAUUUUUAGUUUUCAAAAAAAAAAGGUUAUCAUCAAGACCAGUAUAGUGGGACAAUCCUGUGGUAGGCUGGAAUCAUCAUCUCCUUCAUCUGUUUGUUAUGGAUGCUGAUUUGCAAAUGCUUGCAUGCAAAACUGCUUAACUGCAGUUGUGAACUUAAAAGACAUUUAACCUGCUUCACAAAAACGUGUUGGUAAUAAUACUGAGAGCCUGUACAUUUGAUUGCACUGAUGGAUGCUUGAAUUUAAGUUGAUUGAAGUGGUUUUCAGUGUUGAUAUUUUUACUUUCGGUGAGGAAAUUUCAUGAAUUCUGUUAUUGAAAUGAUAAAAAGCUCUGAGAGGUUUAUACCUCUGAAAGCACUGUAUAAUAUAUGCAGGCUUCUUGCUUCUGAAGUGCAGUCCUACCUCUUAGUAUGUGGUAUUCAGUACUCUGAUCACUGCAAGCUGUUGGCUUUUCAGACUGAAGAUAAUUUAUGCAACUUCCCUGUUAAGAAAUCUGACCUUUUCUUUCAUCUUUAAUGUUUUUUUUGAUCACAGAAGAAUUAUGAAUGCAUUAUUUUAAGCCAGAUCGCCGGUGGACCAAAUCUUGCUGUCAUUCUUGCCUUUCAUAAUAUUGCAUCAUCAGCCGUACUGAAACCCACACCGACUAAAGAUGAUCUGCUCUGUUUUCUCCACUGUAGGUUCACUUUCCGGACGUAGAGCGAGUGGAGUGGCUGAACAAGGUAAAGAAUCGAGCGUCUGUCUCUUAGAUUCGUCCGCUUGACUGAAGCCCUCCUUUUUGGCGUUUUAUUAACUGGAGGAAAUUGGAUGUCUGUCACUCUGUUGCUCUCUGGUUUUCUCGGUGGGGCUGUGGUUGUUGCCACGGCGACUCUACACUGCAGCACUUUUGACUUAACAUGAACCUUUGUUUUUGCACCGCUGUGAAAUGCAUUAGCCUCAGUGAACCCCAUGGCAUCGAGCCAGACUAACAUUUAAAAGCACUUAAGUUGAGUACAUAUUAAAGGGGUGUACAUGCUAACAUCAAAAUUCAAUAUUUUUGCUGUCUUUGCAGGAACAUGAAUGAAUAUAAGCAUGACUAUAGAUUAAAGCUACAGUACAAUUUAGAUAUACAGAUAAACAGACAAUGUAUUUUCAUCACAGUGAGUUGUUUUUUACCUGCUUUGCUCUAUAGACAGUUUUUCCUGUGUUCAGUGUGUUCAGCUCUGCACAAGCACAGUUUUGACAUUUUUGUGUCAAAUCUGUAAAUAAUGAUCACAGAUGAAAAUUUUACAUCCACACCCUCAAAAAACAUUUCAAUUGAUGCCCUUUUGUCCCCUCAGACAGUGAAACAAAUGUGGCCGUUCAUCUGCAAUUUUGUGGAGAAACUUUUCCACGAGACGAUCGAGCCCGCGGUGAAGGAAUCAAACGCCCACCUGAGCACCUUCUGCUUCAGCAAGAUCGACAUGGGAGACAAAGUGAGCACUUGUUGAGUUUCUGCACGGGGUUUAUAGACUGAUCAUGUGUUGUUUCAACACUGUCAGAACGGACUCCUGGCAGCAGGUGCACUUAGGACAGCUGGCGAGGGGUGUGCGGGAGCCUAAACGUGAACAUACAUGCACAUCACUGACACUUGUGCUUGUUUCAUAAAUAGUUUCCAUGUCAGGGUCAAGAGAGGGUGCGACCUUGUGGUAACUGCAUGGGGGAUUGGGACAGACGGAGGUGUUGGUGUAGCGUUGAUGGACUGAAGUAGAGCAGCAGUCAUAAUGUUUCCUUCUGUUGUGGUUUUAGCCCAUCAGGGUCAACGGGGUCAAAGUUUACACAGAGAAUGUGGAUAAGCGGCAGAUCAUCAUGGACUUGCAAAUCAGGUAAGCUGACAGAUUUCUGCAUACAUCACAAUUGUUUUGCUUGUGUUUUGAAAUGCUUUUCAACAGGGGCGCUGAUGGCCUAGCAGUCUAAGUGCGCCCCAUAAACAGAGGCUGCAGUCCUUGGCUGGUUUGACUCCCAGCCUUGACCAUUUGCGGCAUGUCUUCCUCAACUCUCAACUCCCCCACAUUCCCUCAAUUCAGCUGUCUUUUCUAAUGAAGGCAAAAAUGCAAAAAAAAACACAACUUACAAAAAAAUGUUCAAACUAAUCUCAAAAUAUGACUAAACAGGAUCUCUUCUCGAGAGACUCAUAGUGUUUUAAAGGGGAAGAUGAAUUUGCUAAUUUACAAGAUGAGCAGCAAUGUGAAACAAAAAGAUCCUCUCUGAGUUUUUAGAAAAACAGGUUUCAAAUAGCUGCAAAACUAGAUUUCAGUCUUUUUAUUUAACCUUGUACUGUUUCUUUGUCAAAACCUGCUGCCCACACACCCUCAGUGUGACUGUAAUCAAGUACGAUUUGGUUGUGUCGUGAAAACAGUUUACCACUAUGCUUCAACACUGGUGUCAGGUAAUCAAACUUUACCCACAGAAGCUUUGUAGACUGGAUCCACUAAUGACAUUUUUUAGUUUCUCCUGUAAUGCCUGUUUCCAGUUUGAGUUUAGGCUUAGCGUGCGAAAAGAGCCCCAAGUUAAACUACAUAGAACUGAAGAAUAACAACAACAACAGGAACCACUGCGAAAAUAAAACUCAACUAGGUCAUUUUUUGAGGGGUGAGUUUGUGAGAUUUUCCAAGUUUUUGAGCGGAUUUUGUUUUGUGUGAUCUUCUUGAAUAAAGGCAUAUAUGAAGCAUCCAGAGAGUUUUUUAAGUGACUGCUAGGACAUUUAUAUGCCUUUUUAUAACUCUUACUGUAGACAGUCUUGAGGUCCUGUUGCUUGUUCAGUGCAGGCCCUGUCAUCUCUGUGAUACCUGUUCUCGAGUGGCAGAUGAGGCGCCAUGGAAGUAAAAUGUGGUUUGUGUCUACAUUUGAGAUGACAGGACAAAACUAAACCAUCAGUCUAACACCUCACACCUCCCCAAUAUUGUGCUUUUUAGAUGUACAGUUUGAGAGCAAAAUUAAGGUAGACGGCGGAAACUUGCGAUGCUUUAAAGUGGGAUUUUAAUGAGGGAAUCUGUUGAUAGAGAUUUAGAGAAAUAAAGUAAUGCAGUUUGAGUUGAACUUUGAAGCUCUUUGAACCUGGUUGAUUUGUUGUGUCACUAGACUGGCAAUUUUAUUUUGACCCAAGGUGUGGAGCACGCACUGUUGAAUCAGUGAUAGAGGUUUUAAUCAAGUUAAGGUUACAGACAGGUUACUCUGUGGCUAAGGUUGAGUGGGGGGUGGAGAGGUGGGCAAGCGAUGAGUAGAUCAGCCAGUUUCAUGUUGGCUACGAACAGGGCAGAGGUUGAUCCUGGAGCACAGGAGAAAUAGAUCAUCAGCAGGCAAGACAUGAGGAGGCAAUCACACAAAAGCACAAAGAAGAAAUAGGCUGACCUUAAGGCUGCACCACAUGAUGAACUGAAUGAUCUAGUGAUGGCUGGCUGAAGAAACAGGGUGUAGCUGCACAGCAGGCUGAUGACUUAGCGAGAAAUAGGUGAGCAAGCUGUCGAAGUCAGGAGGUGGAGCAGGUGAGGAGUAUGAAGAAUUGGCUGCAGAGAGACACAACAGGAAACACAAGGAUAGAAACACAAGGAGAAGAGGCAACGUUUGAGUCAAGGACAUAUUCAUGACAUGAUGACCCUGUGGUUGUUUGGAGACAAGAGGAAUCAUGACAUAUAAUAGCAAGCUUUCAGUGAGCUGCUGCAUUGUCUGAGUAAACAGAAGUACUUGUGUGUCUGUUGAUCGUACCGCUAAAGUCACUCAGCUAUAAAUACAAUUCCAAUCAUUCAGUCUCUGCAACAGCAAUCUAAUUACAUGCUGCUCACAGGUCAAGUAGUUUUCCACACAGGAGCUGCUGGGUCAUGUUCUACGUCUCUCUGACCUCUGUGACUAGUGAACUGCACAUCCUAUGACUGCGUGUUUUUCAAAGUGUUGAAUCUACUGCUAUUCAAAAAAGGAAGACCAUAAAUAGUAAGUGUAAAUAGUGAUACAAGUCUGGGGUAGUUCCUUCCAAUCUAACUUUAAAACGACCUCACAAAUGUAAUGAAUAAGAAAGGAAGUCCCUUUGAUGUCUAAAUUUAGCAGGUGCCGAGUCUCACGUACAAUCCAACAACUUGACAUCCCUCUGAAUUGAACUGAAUGAAAAGAUAAAAAGACUCCGGCGGUGGACUCACAUUUGUCAUGUUUGUGUCUCCCUCCUGCAGCUUCGUCGGCAACACUGAGAUUGAUGUCGACAUCAAACGCUACUACUGCAAAGCCGGCAUUAAGAGCAUCCAGGUAAGUAAAGUCCUCUCUGUUUAGUUUCACAUCCCCACAGAGUUGAUUUCCUUAAACAUUCAUGGCUUCGGCCUUUAAAAAGGUUGUCUGAAAAGAAGCCAAAUAUUGAGCGUGAAGAGACACUGGGAUUUCAAGGAAAGGUCUGUGUCUUUUCAGGUUUGGAUACCUAAUUUUAUCUCCUUUACAAUAACAUGAUGUAUGUAUUUGGACAGGAUUGUUCCACCUUUCUUGAGAACAUUGCUAGUCGGUGCAGAGGCUUCUAUCAAAUAUCUGCAUAUAAAAGCUUUUAGUGUGAGUGCAGUAUGACAGCCCUGAUAAAUUAGAUGUGCUGUGCACUCAUACUGAUGAGGCUGAACUCAGUUAUAUUAUAAUGAAUUCAAUGACAGCGACAGAAUAACAAUCAUGUAGUGCAAACGUGCGAACAGCCAUGUUUCAACCACAAAUCUAUGCCCUUGAGUUAUAUGCCUUAUAAAUAUCAAAAUGUGUUAUUGAAUGUAUUAAAAUGACAGCUGCACAUAAUUGUAUCUGCUGACAUGUUAAAGAUGAAGUGAACAGGCUUGGUAGAAACGGAAUUGAAUAUAUUAUUUGUACUGAAUAAUAAAAUAGACAAACUAGAAGCAUUAAUGUUUUGUAUUUAGUGAGUGGCUCUGCAGAAUAAAAUGAUCAUUAGACAAAGAAUAAUAAUUUUUAAAUCAAUGGAACGGACUAGAAUUCAUAUUGCUUCCUAUUCAUGAUAUCCUUAAGCAAACAAGACCAUCAGUCACAACAUAACCUUUGUUUACUCUGUAACUCUGAAUGCCUGGAGCAGGAAAGAGAGGAUGGGUGUCAGCCUAAAAGCUGAAGAAACAGCUCUAUUUUUACACUGACCGCAUGAAAUGUUUAGAGUAAAUGACACAUUUAACUGUGAAAAGUCUGCAGAAGGAGGUUUUUUUGUCAAAAAGGAUAAGUCAAGCAUGCAGAGGACGAGGUAAGCAGAGACAGCUUUGUCCACAGGGGGCGCCAAUCUCGUCACAAACCAAAAAUUCCUUACAGAUGCUUUAACAAAUGCAGGAGAUUUUUGCCCUCAAAGGCCACCAGCAGGAGGGGUGAAUGGGGUAGCAUUUCAAUACUAUAUUAGGUAUUGCUAAAAAUGUCCAACUUUAGAGAUUAAACAGUCGCAUAUGUCUUAAAGUAAUAAAUAAUCAGUCAAGACAAGUUGAUUUUUUUAAUACCCUUUUUUUGUAAGGUGACCCUUUAAUAUGUUAUAAGACCAAGUUGGAAGCUACUUCUUCACUGGAAUUAGCAAUAAAGAAUAUACAUUUUUGUUUUGGGUUAUAUUUAUUUCACAAAACUGAUUACUCUUUAAAGAUAAUAAGAUCAUUUCAUGUUCUUGCACGUCCUUGGCCUUUUUGUGUGCUGCGGCAGUUGAACAAAGAAAAAAAAACAAUCAACAUGCCUCCUUGGAGACUAAGAUCUUUUCCUGGGAGAUGUUUGUUGCCUGCUGCCCCUGUUGUGUAACUGCAGCAGACCUACAUCUCUCCCCUGGCUCAUUAUCAACACCUAAUACGCGAGUCCUCGUCACUUCUUGAGCUGGUGUACGUUACACCGAGCAGGUGUGUUUGGCUUAAUGAUGACAGGAAGAUUAGUGAUGGCUUUGUGAGGAGUGGGGUUAAACUAGGGCUCACAUUGGUCUUUUAAUAUUUGUGUAACAUCAGCCUGUUGUUUGGGAUCACUUACUGUAUAUGAGGGAGAUUAACUCCUCACCAACGCCAGUGUGUUUAUAUUGUCUUUUAAUCCUGUAAGACAAUACUUGGAAUAAAAAUGUUCCACAGAAACAAAAUUCAGAAAUUGAGCACUAUUUAUUCACCACAGCUUAACACAAGUACCCCAAAACAAAUGUUUCAGGCACUAUUGUUGUGCAGUUUAUUUCAGUUCUAAGUGUGCUGUAGUGUUAGGCUGAAUCUGUCUCAUUUUUAUGCAUUUGUUCCUGUUUAUAUUUUUGUCAUCUGCUUUUUUUUUACUGUUUAGAGAACCAUGUUACUGUAAAUUAUUACUGCUUACAAGUCAAACCAUUACAGCUUCAAGCCGCAGAAAGACCCAAGGAAGUGCAUAGUGAGAGAUUAACCCUCCAACAUGUUUAAAAAAUGCUGGUUCAAGGGUGUUCAUAUAUAAGGAGUAUCCCUUUGGGCAUCUUCACUUUUUGUCAGUUAUUGUUUUUACAUUUAUAGAGUAAAGAAAUCGAUAUCUCAGUUUUUGUUUCAGGAAACAGUGUCUUAAUUCAAACCUCCUUAACCACAUGAAUGACUCUUGAAAUUUCAAAAUGAAUCAGAUGUAAUUUGCUGAAGAGGGUCGUAUUUUUGUGGUUAGUCACGGUUAGUGUCGGUAUUCUCUCCUCUGGUGUGAUUUCUCUUUCUCUGUGGAUAAAAAAGGCGCGGAAAAAAAGGGCAAUUAAAACGUCAAAACAAAUUCUCUGGUGCCAGAAUUUAGACAUCUUUUGUUUCACAGAGUGGAUUAGAGCAGCUGUGUGGUCCCCACACGACACAUGUAAAGCACUUCCAACGCCAUAAUCCUUCUAAUUGUUGUAAUAUGUUUCAGUGAAAGAGGGGGACAACUCGGGGAGGUGUGAAGUCUGGAGUCUUGUGAUCAAGUUUCCAACCUGUCAUGUGUUACAGCUAACAGCUCCACUCCUGAGAAAUGUCAAAAGGCUAUCAGGGUGUAAGCCCACCUCUGCUCCUCUUUUGUGUUUGUACGUGUACAUUAAUAUGUCCCUCUUGUAUUUCCAUAGAUUCACGGCGUGUUGAGAGUGGUAAUGGAGCCGUUGCUUGGUGACAUGCCCCUUGUUGGAGCUCUGUCUGUGUUCUUCCUUAAAAAACCAGUAAGUCAUAACAAUGUGCCACCAGUUAAUUCAAUUUAAUCUUCAUCAUGGAGUCACAGGGGGAGGUAUAAUGACGCAGCAGACUGAACAAACGCAGAGUGAUUAGCAUGGAGGCUAUUAAACAGGGAUUUGUGCAUAGAAAUAAAACAACAGGUAUCUUUGAAAGCUUUUCCUGCACCAUUUGCUGUUUUUGUUUUUUGUGUCUUACUCAUACCCAAGCUGACCUUAUUUCUGACUGUUUUACUUAAUACCCUGCAUAUCUUUACAGUCCCCUGUUUCUAAUGCUUUGUGCCUCCUCCUCCUUUAAAUUUUAUAUUAUUGCUGCUCAUAAAACAAACUGCUCCUCUUUGGUGUUCUUGCUUAACUUGCAGUUAGUAUUCUUCCCUUGCAAAUUGGACUUUAAAUGUUAAUUUCAUAAGUCAAAUCACCACUAAACCACAGUAUAACAUUUUCUCUUUUAUUUUACAGCCCUAAUUUCCACUUUAAUUCCCACCCUUUCCCCCCUCUCUGGCAUUGCUUUCGACAAUGCCAGAGCUCUCUCGGCUGAAACACCCUCUAUCACUUUACACAAUUUGCAUUUUCCGUUCGCUCGCUCUCAUAUUUUCCAGUACACGUUCCAUCAAUCUCCCUAUUUAACCGCUGUGCUGAGCCACCGCCGCACAGCUUAAAAAUGUUUGACCGAUUUAUACCGACUGGGAGGACCCAGUGGAACUAUAGCAGAGCUUUAAAUAGCUGCAGAUCAAGCCAGCCCUACUUUGGCAGAUUUCUCUACGCAAAGCACUCCUCUGAAGCCCAAGGUGGAGAUAUAACUGUAGGAGGCUGAGGGAAGAAGACAGUAAAUCCUGUGCAGUCCCACAUAUACACUCACUUUAUGCACCUCAAUCUUGUGGUAACAUUUCGCAGAGGAGAAACGAAUUAAAAAAAGCAAUUUUCUGUUAGCAAACAAAGCCCCAACAUUGACAACGCUAGGAUCCAAAUAACUGGUCGUCCUUCUUCCUGCACGCCAUACAAGGCCGGAUCCUGAGUGCCAAAUGAAAAAGAAACAUUUCCAGACCAUAAGAGGUCUUGGCUGCGGUGGGGCAGUGUGAUCGUAUUAAUGUGACUCAGUGCAGUGUAAAUAAAAAGAUGCAACACAUUCUGCUGUGAGAGCUCUGCAGAGAUUUGGAGCCCGGCUGUGGAGGAUACCCGUUGUAAUGUACAUACUACUGCUGCUGUUGUAAUUACAGGAUUCUUUGCAAUUACCUUUUCCUAUUCAUGAAUGAGAAAGUUCAAUGUGAUAUUAAAUCAAAUUUGAUCCCCAAGCUGCAGGCAAAUGUUCGAAUAAAGACCAACAGAGAAAAGGCAGUUUUUACACCAACAGCAGCCGGUUACGGGCUCAUAGAUGACACAAUGAGAAGUUUUGAAGCCAUCGUAAGGUCUUUUUUUUAAAGUUAUACAUGCUUGCUUUUACUAGACAGGACAGCUGAAGAGAGACAGAAACAAAAAGUGUAGCAAGUGAGGAAAGAAGCAGAGUCUUGGAUUGGAGUCGAACCAUUGGCACCUACAACGAAGGCUAAAACUUCAGUAAAUGCUUAAACUUUGAGGCCAACCUUACCAUACCCAAGUUUGCAUAGUUUACUCUUCGCUUCAGAUAGGAGUAAAUUAGAUUAGCCUGACAUCAAAACCUCAGAAGAAAGCCAAAAAAUCCUGUGCAGUUCAUAUCUUAUUCUUAGAAACUCCAAGAUGUUGAUUUUUACCCUUCUGUAACACUUGGGACAGGAUCUACUUGUUCGCGAGCUUCUGAGACGCUCAUUGAUUUUCUAGGUUUUUGCCCUGUAUUCAUUAUUUGGACCGACAGUCUCCUGGAUCCAGUUUUCUGCUGAGACCAGAUUCACAAGGGUGCCAUCAGUUCUAAUGUUUAUCACUCUUCAGGAAAACUAAUGUUUAUAUUUCACAUUCUGUCAAACUAUUCCUUUAAAGUAGUCUAAAAUCCAAACAAAGACAAGCGUAAGAGAUAUUAGUCAGGAAAUCCUAAAAUUUAAAGGCAGAUGCUGUGAAUUAUGAGCUAUUUUUAGAAUAAAUUUCUGACCUGGGUUUGUAUACAGCUCACCUAGUUUAUGGCUCAUAGCUGGAGAUGCAUAUUUUUAGAGGUUUUACUUAUCACCCAAACAGAGCAUUAAUCUUUCUGCCUGCUGCAGCCAAAAGUGUGUCCCCUCCACUCGACCAUAUUCCCACAGCACCCUCACUCCCGCAACACAUCAUUCACAGUCCUGCAGUGUUCCCCUCUCCCAUGCUGCGCAAGGUGCAUCUGCUGCAGUGUAAGCAACACCGACUGGAAAGUAGGGUGGGAAAGACUCAUUAAGGAAACAGCCCCUUCAGCGUGGCGGCAGAAACAGAUCAAAGCUCAGCGAGAAGCGGGGCCUGGCUGCAUUCAGAUCCCACUCUCGCUUUGAUUCUCUUGCUUUUCAGUGUCUCCUGUCAUUUAAAUGAGACAUAUCUGCACCAAUAAAUGGAAACUGGUUGGUCUGUGUUACUUUUGACUCUUUUUAUGAGAGCCGUUUCUUUUUUUUUUAUCCGACAAAAAAAACACAGUGCCCCUCAUCUCAUUAUGCACUGAAAACUAAUGAGACACCAGGGGGUUGCUGGGUUUUAUAAAUUAUUUAUUACGCAGGUGAUUUUGUGUUCAUUUCAACGCAAGGAUCUUUGCUUUGUGCUCUCUUCCUGUGACUCAUAAACUAAGCUAAUUGUACUCCCAGCUUCCAUUUAGGCACUAAAAAGGUAUUAGCAAUACGCUCAGAUGUGUUUUUUAUGUAUGAAGUCUUUGCCUCUGAACUGGUGCGUGACAAGAUAACAGUGGCCAGAUUAAGUCCGUUUUCUUCUUCAGUUAUUGAAAUAAUGACAACCUGGUCCAUAAAGUAGGAGGGGGAUUUAGUGACCAAAGAAAAACAGCUCUGGAUUAUUUUUUUUGUUUCUCCCUCUUGAAGGACAUUUUGUCUCUGUUGUUAAUCAGCAGAGUUUGUCAGCCAGAAAAUGAGAAGCCUGCUAAAUGUAGCACAGGGUCCAGAGAGCAUUGCUGUUCACUGUUUGGAUCGUUUUAAAGUCACUCAGGCUGUUUUUCUCCUCUUCUUGUUCUUUGUCCUUUUAGCUUCUGGACAUAAACUGGACUGGCCUCACCAAUAUUCUUGACAUUCCUGGGCUCAAGUAAGUCAACUCAAACCUGUUUUUCUUUCUUACCAAAAAUGCUUUUGUUAGUCAAGGAUUUAUGGACAAGAAGGAGAUUCAGGGAACUGCACUUUGGCCUACAUUCUUUUAUUACUUGUGUCAUGUCAUGAAAUUUUGAUAACUAAUCGAAAGACAUUAACCUUUCAAGGAUGAGACAACUCCAUGCUGGAAUAAUCUAUAUGGCAUGUGUGUGGAUUUGGGACAGAGGUGGUUUUCUAUCAUCAUGGAUAGUGCAUACUUAAAAAUAAAACAACUUUGCCAGGGCAGGUAAAAAAAAAAAAAAGAGGAAAAUUCACUGUUAUAUUUUUAAUGCAAAGCUGCCAUGAGGAACAAGGACAGAGGAAGCAGCAGAGGUUGAAUUACAGGGAUAUAGAGUGAAGAGAGAGAGAGCUGCUAAUGAAAACAAAACUGUGAAACAGAGAAGAAGGAUGCUUUUUCUUGUUGUGCAGGAGAGCCUUUAAACACAUUUUUUUCAUACUUUAUUUCAUUCAGUUAGAUACAAAACAUUCAAUACAAACAAGGAAAGAUCUCAAACAUGUGAAUGAAAAGGAGCAGAAAGAAGAAAAAUCUUAUAGUCUGCCCCUCUAUGUAGGAAAGAAACUGCUGUGUGUGUCCCUGCUCCAACCUCCAUCACAGCCAUUUAACGUAAAAAUGUUCUUUCACAUGUCCUUGUCCUUUUGUCAACUCAUUAAGUAAAUAAGUCAAACCACUGUUUGGUUCAGAUAGCUAGAGAAUAAGGCAGAGAGGACAGAGAUGUCACUUGGUCAUUAUUACCUCCGCCAAGGAGGUUAUGUUUUCGGUAGCGUUGGUUUGUUUGUUUGUCUGCUAGCAACUUUACGGAGAAAGUAACAGACGGAUUGACCUGAAAUUUUCACCAGAGGUGCAUCUCAGCCCCAGGAGGAUCCCAUUAAAUUUUGGUGGUGAUCCGGAAAAAAAUUCUGGAUACCGUGACCCAGAACACACAAAAAAUAAAGGUGUCGUUGGAAUUUUCAAUGCUGAAAGAUAAGCAAUGGGCGGCAGAGAGGUGUAGAUAGUGGUUAGCACUGUUGCCUCACAACCACAAGGUCCUGGGUUCGAAUCCCGGUCAGGGUGUUUCUUGUUUUAUGAACAGUGAACAUACCAGUUUAAACACAAAUAAAUGUUAAUAAAAGACACGUAACAGUAAACGUUUUGGUGAGAGUCACAAUAUAAGGGGGGGACAUGGGCUGCUUGGCAGAGGUCUGCGCUCUCCGAGUGCUUUUCUAGUUUGUGUUCUAGUAGGUCUGAACUGCAGACUGUUGGCUGACCAUCAAGUGUCCAAAACUAAGAAAAUACGAAAAUUCAGACCUUUUACAGAUACAGAUAUCACCACGCACUUCUGGGUUUUUAGUAAUAACUCAAAUGAAAUAUUUCACUUUUUUCAUCCUGACAUUUUGUCAUAUGUUGCUCGGGGUCAUGCGAUCCCUCCCACUUCAGCACAGAUUGGAUAUCCAUAUAUCUAAAUUAAACACCUUUGGCUGCUCAUGAGUUUAUUUUUUGUUUCUAUGGUACCAGAAAAGAUAUAAAGAUUGUCCUUUUUGUUGUGGUGUCGUGUCAAAGUUUCGAACUCUGGUAUCAGGCUGACUCUGUUAGAGAGUUAAAGAGCAAUAAACUGAAAACACGGCGGUGGUAGUUUCACCAGAUUUAAUUACCCCUCUCCUGUUUAGUACCUGAGAAGAUAAAUGCCACUAAUGCACUGAAAGUUUUUUUUUUAGUCUGCUUCCUUUCCUGCCAAAUACCUGGAGUGUCCUUGUCUGUGUUGUUGCUGUGUUUAAGUGCUGGAACAGGCUGAUCUGUUCUGAGUAAACAUUUCAUGCUGCAAAAAAACAGAUCAAGUACACUUUUGUGUAAAAAAAAAAAACAUUCUUGUAUCGCUGUAAAGAAGCAGACAAAGGUGUUAUUUCAGGUCUAAAUGGGGUACAAAAGGUCAGAUCAGUAAAAUAUGCAGUUUGUUUCCUUGUUCCUACUUGUUAUGUCUCGCUUAUAUUAAGUGUCUUUUCCCUUGGGCAGUUGUGUGGGCUGAGCAGAGAGUGAAUGAAAGUCGAUUAAGAGUUGCUAACAGCCUAACACAAUUACUCGCUGCUGUCUGGAGUGCUCCUUGCAUUAUUUACACCCCAAAAUAAAGAGACACAGGCAUGAAUUGUGCAUGUGAUUUCCUGGGAUUACACCCACUCCUGCUGAUGUGAGCAGACAUGUUGACACAAGCAGCGAUCCGGCUCCUUAAACCCCGCUGUUGGGGGUGAAAUUGAUCUGGCUUGUGCUGUGCGACAUUUGUGGGUUUAGUCAUGUGUGCUCAUGUGCCUGUGUGUUCAUAUAUGGAGGAAAAGUGGGGCACGUGCAGAAUCAGAGGGUUUAUUUUCUGUAGGAGAGGCCCAGAUGGUGAAAUCGAAGCUGCAGUGGGAGAGUUCCUUGAAUGCAGCAGGCAGAUAGACGGCAUCAGCUGCCUGCUUGAAGGCUCGCCCACUGUGCCUCACUUAAACCUGUCAUUAUGAUUAUGCAACAGAUGUCUCUCUUGUUUACAUGUUGUGAUGUGUCAUUGCUGUUCUGUUGGAUUAAGAAUAAGAGUCAAAAUAAGUCGAAGAGCUAGGCUAGCAAAUCUGUUAAGCUGUACCCUGGUAGAGCAGUAACGCAACUAAAACAACAGAGCACACUCCCAGUGCUGACAAACUGAUGUCCCAAAGAGGGGUGUUAGCAUGCACGUUUUUAGUGAUAUACAAUGAUUCUGUGCAUUUAUUGUUGCAAAAGUUAUGGUUCAACAGUUUAUUUUUAUUUUACUUUAUUUUUUUAGAUGUGCUGCUUGUCUCGUUUUCAGGAUUGUCCUUGCAUCCUGUUAAUGUGGAUACAAUAUCUGAGGAAAGAAAUUUCUAAAACUUUGGCACAAAUGUCAAAUUGAUGCAAGGAGGAACUUUUUCUUUAAAACUCUGGGUCAGAGAGAUCAAAAAGUAAUAAUAAUCUGACAAUUCAGCUGAUUUUAUGGUAAGAAAACAGUCAAAAUUGUCCUUUAUUUAAUGCAGAUCACAACAAACAAUGUGUUUUGCAGAGCUAGCAUCACAUGCCUUCAGUUCUCCUUUAGCUGAACAAAUAGAUGCCUGUUCUGUCAAAGCAUUACUCCCGUUAUGAAGUUAUACAUCAGUUUGAUCAGAUACAAACAACAAACGGGCAUUUUCUAGAUUAAAAAACUGACAAAUAGUGCACUGCUACAAGAUACAAUCUUUCACUCGCUCCUUUUUAUUUCCAGAUUGCAUUAUAGCAAUAUGACAAAAGUCAUAAACCAGAGCUAUAGCCCUGGUUAGUACGGGUGAUUGCGCUACAACUCAGACACAACAUAUGACUGGCAUUAUAGGCUUACGCUCAGAGUAUUAGAAAUUCAUUUAACCAAGAAUGUGUGCAAACUAGCAAAGCGUUUUGUCAGCCAAAUGCAAACAUCCCUAAUUUGUACCUAUCAAAUGUUACAACAUCCUUAAAAAACUCAAUUUUCAGCCGUUAACCCGCCUCUAUCCUUGUUAACAUGAGAGGUUUAAUAAUCGUUUCAGUUGUAUUUGUAAAGACCAAGAAAUAUGACAAUAAAGAUCUCAUAACUUUAAGGAUUUCCAAAGUUGUAAAAGUUUAUCCAAGAGGAAACUCACACGAACUUUAUAACCAUCCAGCCAAUUAUUUUCCUCUCUCAUUAUAACGAGAGAUGACAUUAUUAGGUGCUCGAGGAAAAGUCAAGACUUUCAGUCCAUCAAAAGUUGUUGCAUUUUUUUCCGUUUAGUCUGAAGUGGCUGACUGACAGCUCUUCAUAACUGGCCCCAGAGUUCGCAGCUUCCCCGGCUGUCAAAAAGAUGAUAAAUGCUUGUCCUACUGUGGCCCACAAGCAAGAAAAACAGGCACUUCCAUACCGUACAGGCUGAGUGUGAUUAAGUAUCAGUGUGCUGUGUGUGUGUAUCAGCAGCACAGUUGCAAUAAAACGACUGUACAAACAGUCAAAGAUUUUGCUCCUGUACGUGCGCAUACACACAGAUACACACAUGAGAAGCUGGCGGGGGCUUUCCAGUGUUUACGCCAGGGGAAGAGCAGAAACGCAGCAAUAAGCGCUGAUGCAGCAGGAAUCCUUUUAUACACUUAGAUCUCAGCUGGAGGAAAAGCUCAGACUCGGAUCAGUCCCCCACAUGAGCAACAUAAUGUCUGUAAUCUCCUCACAGUGAGGAGCUGCAAGUGUCUGAUUGGACAAAAGGCUGAGGAUCGAUCAAAUAAAUUUUUCUCCUGACAACAACAACAACAACAACAAAAAAACAGGCGGCCAACCGAGUCUAUUUGAUUUUAGUUUUUUAUCUGAGCAGCGUGAAUGUGUGCUGCCUCAAAGCUGUUUGAGAGAAGAUAAUAGUUUUCAAGCAAAGAUGCCCCAGGAACUCUUACUUUUUGUAUUAACUGCAAGCUUGUGUGUUGCACACAAAAACUAAAGUGAAUUGCUGGUAUUAGAACCUGCUCUUAACCAUUACUGUAUUAUCGUGAGUAACACCUUUGAGAAAUUCCUGUGAACUCAUGACUACGGUUUGAAAUGUCAAAUGGCUUUAGGCUCUUAGUAAACCACUGACAUCUGGAAGGUUUGACUUUAAGACAGUUUUACAUUUUUGGGCUCUCUGGCAGUCAUUUUCUCUAUCACUCAGUCAAGGUAUACGGUCAGUUAGGUGUUUAAAUUUGUGAAAAAGCAGGUGAUAGUAAGCAAGAUCAUUUCUUUUACUUAAUAUAACUUAAAAUUCAAAACAGAUGUAAGACAUCUCCAGUAGCUGCCAUGUUUUCACUUUGCAGAAAUCAGUUUAAGUGUAAGUUCUGAGUUCUGGCAGCAACUCUGCAACACAGAAUCUUUUUUAUUGAGCUCAUUGAAGGUUUCCUUGCGCCUGAUUCAACAAGACGCCUGGGAUAGUAUGUCCCCCAAUCUAUAACACCAAUUACAACCAGGCUGUCAUUUAGCUACCGUAGGUCACUAUGCUGGUGGACAACUAGGAAGCACAUGGGACUGGUACAUCAGGCCUUGAGCUGAGGAAAUGAACGAUCAAUUAGUUUACUUGUCAACCAAAAUGUUGAUGUGUCCAACAAAGCAGAACUGGUGUGUCCGUAUCUGUUCAGUUAGUGGAUUUAUCCAGCAUGUUUUCAAGUUCAUAUCGACACCACUAGCUGUUUGUCUCCAAGGACGGGCUGAAAAAUAACCCCACAUGAUACAUUUUCAACAUGAUUCAAUUUUCUUUCUAGUCGUAAUUUCAAUUUUCCAGCAUUGCUACACCGGCUAAACCAAUAAAAGCCUCCUGGUGGCUCCUGCCACUUUCGUCCCUUGCUGUCAUUGUUAUUAUCAUGAUGUGUUGAAUCAUUAGUGGAUCACAGAGACAUUCUGAGGUUUGCUGGCUUGCUGCGCCAACAUGCCUGAAUGGGCUCCAGUUUUCCCACUGUCUUCUUUCACAUGAAGCUGAAAUGUCCUAAGCUGAGAUUAAAUGUGAAUAUUUAUAACCCAAGGGCACCCUUAACUGUCUUUUAAAUAAUUCAUUGCUUCACUCUGUUUAUAUUCCUUCUCUCCUUUUUCCUCCUCUGCCUGUGCUUACAGCGGCUUCUCUGACAAUCUGAUUCAAGACAUCAUCUGCAGUUAUCUGGUUUUACCCAACCGAAUCACCAUCCCACUGGUCGGGGACAUCGAACUGGCCAACCUACGCUUCCCUAUGCCAAAGGUAUCAGUCAAAUCUGGAAAUACAGUCAAGCAUGGCGAGGUUUGAUAAACCCCCUUUUGUAGUUGUUUGAUCAUGAGCUGACUGCCUCACGACGGAGUUCAGGGUUCAUGUGUUUUUGCAAUUCUCUGUGUAGUAAUAUACGGCAGCUGUUAGGGUUUUGAAGGUAACUCAGAGAUUGAAAAUACAAUGAAACAAAAACAGCCAAAGAAACAAAAAAGUAUCUCAAGGCUUGGUGAACCGUAUCCAUGGCAACAAGGUAAACACUGCAGUGCAAGCAGCAUAUGUUUAAAGUGGAUGUUAGUUUGUGAUCAUCAAAAGAUUGUGUUGCUGUUCUCAUUCGCAACCAACUCUGCCAAUCUGACUUUAACCUUCACAACAUAACAGAUCAUGAGUUUAUUUUCAGUGUGAUACUAGAGUCAACAACUGUCAUAAAAAUACAACAUAUUUUAAAUAUUUAGAUGCUGCCUCACCUGAAUUAUAGGUAUCAGGUUUUUUUUUUUGCAUUGCCUCGUGAAACCCAGUAGGUGAUGUCAGUUCUCAUCAACUCUGACUCCAGCGUGGCCUGGAAGUGUCAGAGGAAGCUAUUUCAGAUCCGCCCCCCUUAACGCUGAGCUCUGCAUGUCUCCGCAGGGAGUCCUGAGGAUUCACUUUUUGGAGGCUCAGGAUCUUGAAGGGAAGGAUAAGUUUCUUGGGGGGCUGAUCAAGGGCAAGUCAGACCCCUAUGGCAUCCUGCAGAUCGGCAACCAGCUGUUCCAGAGCAAGACUGUCAAAGAGAGCCUCCACCCUAAAUGGAACGAGGUUUAUGAGGUAGAGUUUUGUCAUGAACUUUUUCGCUUUUCUCUUAACAUGCCUGCUUAAACAUUUAUCAUUAAGUCCUGGUUUUAACAGGCGCUGGUGUACGAGCAGUCAGGUCAGCAUCUGGAGAUUGAGCUGUUUGACGAAGAUCCAGACAAAGACGACUUCCUGGGAAGGUGAAUUGCUUUUAUUCCCUGCAAAUGCUGUAAUCGUAUCAAACAAGGUCUGCUGCUACUUAGAAAUGUGAUGAUGCAAGAAGAAGACUUUGUUUUAAUUGGCCAGCUGCUAGCGUCUAAAAGAGGUGUUAGAUCUGUUGUGGCUUUAAAUUGUAAGUUCUAAACACAAUGUAGGGACCGAGGGGGAAAGAGAUGUUGUAAGUACUUGUACUUGAUAGUCGACAUCAGUUAAAGUAAAAAGAGGAGUUAUCUCACAGCUCCAAGCCCAAGGGCAAAGUCAAUUGAUUUUGCUUAAAGGCUGUAACAGUACACCUAACGCUGACAAUACAGAGCAGCCAAUCGAUUGCUGGACCCCCUUUGCUCAGAUUAAUUGCUGUGAUUUGUCUGCUUACUGUUUGCCGUUACAGUCUGAAUUAUCAUUUAUCAUUAUUCACAGCCUGAUGAUCGAUAUGAUGGAGCUGCACAAAGAACAGAAAGUUGACGAGGUAAAUCUGAAUAUCUGCCGACACAUUAUAAUCAAUAUCAUCCCAGAUUGAGUUCAAUUUUCUCACUUCUUAAAGGAACUACUUUGGGACAAAAAAAACGCUCUCUUGCUUUCUUGAGGAGGUUCAAAUGAGGACACUGAUACCUGUGUGUGUGCCAGCAGUACCACAACCAGCAGCUGGCUAGCUUAGCAUAGCAUAAUAAGUCUAAAUGGAGGGCAGCUAGCCUGAGUCUGUCAGACUGUGAUGAAUUUUUCCUGCCAGCAUCUGCAGUAGCUCAACAAUAGCCCAUCCCAGUUGGUUUGCCUGACUUAUAGUUGCAUAGCUUUCCAAAGGGAUCCCAUCACAACCCAGAGAGCGCAGCCACCUUUAAAAGACAAAGGCUCUGUCUAUACGAGCAAUACACUAUACUCUACCACACAGCCCCUAAUAGCUCCAACACCUGUACAUGAAACUAGAUGGGCAGCAGCAGCCAAGACAUCAAUUUUGCACCUUUCUUCACUGUUUUUUCGGGGGGGGGCAUUUUGGCAUGGAAGGACUGAAAUUGACAACAUCCCUGGAAAGCUUAAUCCGCAGCUCCGCUCUCCUGGAACCACCACCUCUCUGCUUGUUCACAUGAGAAAAUACAAAAAUGAGAAAUAUAGAAAAAGUUAUGUUAGAAAGAGGAAAAAGAGAGCAGAACCAGGGCAAGAGGCAUUUUAGGCUAGAGCUCACCCCGGCCAGAACAAUUUGUACACUCUACCUCCUCUACUCUUGGAGAAAAGAGAAAGAAAACAGGAGAGGAGUCUGUAGAGAGAUACCGAGGUGAGAACCUUGUCUCAGCUGGAACAUAUUCUUCUACACUCCACCUCCACUACGCCUAAAUUUUCAUUAAGGAAGAAGAAAAAUAAGAUAAAUGUUUUUCUCUCCUUUAUUUGACUUUCCUCAAGAGAGCAUACGCAUGUUUUGCAAAUUAUUGGGCUAUUCCUCAAAACAUAAUAUCUUCUGUACUCUAUGAAACAGUCCUUACAGGUUUGUGAAGUCAUUUAAGCCAGUUGUUACAAAAAUCAAUAGUACUAAUUCUAAACUCAGUGAACUAAACUUUAUAAUUCAACUUGUUCUGUAACCUUUACAGUGGUUUGACCUGGAGGAAACCUCCACUGGGAAGCUCCACUUGAAAUUGGAAUGGCUAUCUCUGCUCUCCACACCUGAAAAGUUGGACCAGGUACAACAGUAAAGAAACAUUUUCCAUGCUCUUGCAGAGUAAACCUGCUUGUCACUGUUUCUGUAAUUACUGCUGCAAGUGAAGAUAGUAUGCAUAUUUUUUAUCCAUCUUUAUGUUGGCAAAAUUUUCAUUUUCUCUCCUGUUCUGUCAGGUGCUGCGAAGUGUUCGUGCAGACAGAAGCCUGGCCAAUGACGGCUUAUCGUCAGCACUGUUUGUGGUCUAUCUGGACUCGGCGAAGAACCUGCCAGUAAGAUGCUGCAACAUUCGCCUGACUUUGAUGCUACUAGUGCUCUUGUUCUGAUGCUAUAGCCUUGACCAUGUUAUAGCAUUAGGCUUAUACAGACUUGUGUCUCUCCACCAAAACACACACACCACACCACCCUCGGCAACACUCUGAACCAGUUUUGUCAGAAAUGAAGCACACCUAUUUGAGUAAGGAUUAUGGUCAGUGUACUGCGAUGUGUUACUUUCCUUUAUGUUUCAUGCUUUGUGACACAUGAGUCACCUUAUUAGCUUGCUUUCCAGGGUCCUAACAAUGUUAUCUCUGCUGCACCAUGACCUUAAGGUGACUCUACACAGCUCAGCAGUUUGUUUUAUUCCCUUCUUCAUUUAUUAAGCAUCUUCAAACCAACCAUAAAACAGCGACUGGAUGUGUUAUAGGUCCGAACAAGAGUCAUUACUGUUCAGGGAUGUAGUCUUAUAUCAUGAUUUUGUAGCUGUUGUCAAGUGAGGACCUUGAGCUGCUUCAGCCUCUGUUUUCCUGGAGCCUUAUACUUUUUUAAUUUGAUCUAAUUUACUUCCAGUGUGUUCAAACACUGACUUUAACUUGUAAAGAGGCUGCAAAGAAAAUAAAUACUUCAGUUUUAUUUGAAAGGCCAACACGGCUUUUCAUCAUCUCUUACAAAGUAUCACUGUUGAAGCCAUCUCAGCUCUCAUAACUCUUCUCCAUCUCUUUCUCUUUACUCUCUUUCCUCUUCAACCCAAGAGCGUCUUCACAGGCAGCUUAGGCUGCGGGAACUUAAGUGAAAGACGAGCAUCUGGGCUAGUCUUUUGUGAGAGCAAUACAUCAGAGUAUAGAACAAUAUGUGUGAGUCUCUUGGCGCCCUUGCAUCCUGAUAGUGUUAGCGUUAGCAGUGUGCGAUGGUGUGGCGUUGAACGGUAACAGGAGUCUUUGAAAAACCUGCAUCUCAAAGCAUGUGUGUUAGCUGCUGCACGGUGUUAUUGUAAUGUAAAAAAUUACCCAGAGUGCCUAUAACCAAUAACAUGGGGCAGACUCUGCUAUCUCUGCUUGUUAGUUAGAUACAUAUUCAGCUAAAUUAGGUGCUUAGGUCAAUAAUGAAGUAUAAACCCCGGUACAAAGAGUACACUAGCAGAGCGCAUAAUGAUCCCUGCCUAUGUUAGUGAACCAUGGAUGUGUAGCUGUGCAGUUUCUGAACCCCUGUAGCUUGUUAAAAAAAGUGGCACAAUGUUUCAAAGUAGUUUUCCUGACUCUUCCCUGAAGGUAUCACCCUCAUUAUCUUGACUGUGUUUUCAUUGUUAGCCCUCUGCAGGCUCCAAACUAUCAGCCUCCAUUGCUGCUUCCUAUUCAUUAUAACUGGUAUCAUUCAUGUUUCAGCUCUUAUUUAAACAUAUUUUUUCAGGGGUUUUUCUCAUGCCUCUUUUGCCAUCCUCUACCACUCCCCUCCUACUAACUGUGGGUGUGAUUUUCUCCCCCAAAUCUCCUUGUGGCUUAAAGAGCAACCUGUCAGAUUUCACCUAUGACGGGUUGAAGCAAGUCUCAGUCUUUAAGGCCCUGAAGGUAAUGUGGGAAAAAUGGACUGCAUGUUCAGAUCACACACCCUGUGUCCCAUCUGUGCCCCCUUCAAGUGCACCAUCCAGCGUCAUGUUACCGUGAUGAUCUCAAACAAUCAGAUUGAAUUGUCUCAAAGUGCAUGAGGAUGGAUGAUUGCAUUGUCUGUUUGGUGCUUUCUGUAUGCUUGUGUGUGCACCUCUUUUUCUGUAAUGGUAAUGGUCCCUGGUUUUCCACCCUCUCUAACUCAUGUGAUCCUGCAUGCUUUGGUGUAAUACUGUACUUUGAUUGUUUCUGAGAAAGAGGCAGAGCUGUCUUUAAUCUUUGUGGUUAAAACUGUGUCCUCUUUUGCAGCAUUUAUACUAAAAAUGAAUCUUUAUCUCUCAUUCCUGCCUAAGUGCCCUAUUAUUCACUUGUUUAUUGUUUAAUUUAGACUUAACCAAAUGCUUUUAAACACAAAGCUGCAAGGAGACCCGACCUGUUUAAGUUGAUAACUAGGGCACAUAGAACGAAUAGUAUAGAGCAGGAACUCUUUCUCGUCAGGCCAGUAGUUCUGCAUUUUCCAUUUGCCUGUAAAAUGAAUGGUACUGUGUCAUGCAGUAGAAAGUAACAAGACAGAUAAACAUGAUAUAUGAACACAAUAGAAACUAUGCAUUUUUCUCCACAGGGCCUGUUAACCAGGUCCCACAACAAUGAAGUUUAACAUGUUUCAUAGCCAGAAAAUAGCAGAUAACGGCCAGGUUUUAUGAGUGUAUUCAUGACUCAGUUUAAAGUCUGUGCAGUUUCUGUUGGAACAAGUGGUUUUCUGCUGCAUAUCCUUUUCCCAGCAAGUUUCAGACCUUCCUUUGUAACACACACACACACAGUGGCACUCCCUCAGUGUCACUUUCAUUAGCCAGUACAGUGCUGGAAACUGGAGCCCAGAUAUUAUCUGGCUGGCUCUCCAAAACUCACUUUUUGUCAUUCUGACUGCAGUGCCUCUGCUGUCUGGCCAGCCCUCCUUUAUUUAAUUUUCUAAUUAGCCUGUGAUAGAGAGAUGUUUUGGAGUCUAAAAUGCUACUUUUUCAUCUAACGUCAUUUGAUUUAACAAGAUUAUAAUAUUCAUAGGAGAAGAUGUGUCUCUCACUUUAAACUUUUGUAAAAAAACACGGAAAAAAAAAAAAAAAGAACUGGUUGAACAGCACUCUAGACAAACUAUGCUGAAUACUUUGAAAGCUUGCCCCAAGCCACCAGGAAACAAGAUGUAAUGAAAAUGGCCUCUUAUGCUCACCAAAGUGACAAGUGCAUGCAUGUAGUAUUGAAAACCAGCUGAGUCUGUUGUUACGCCCCACCAGAAGGCAGCCCCAUGGGGUUCACAACUAUUCACACGCAGACCUAUUAAAAGCAACAGAAAACACCUUCAAAUCUUCAACACGGGAUUUGUCAUUAAAAAGCGACACAGAAUUAGAUAAUUACCGAAGAUUAACUAAAGAACAAAUCAAGAAGUCAACUAAAACAUAAGAAUCCCCUGAAUGAGCGGCUACAGGGCAGCAGUCACCCCCGUCAAAUGCCUCUCUUUCCUGCAGGCAGCUCUGGGACUUUAAACUCUCAGGGCAAGGUGAGGCUGAUUCUCAAUCAGUGACUUUUUUGGACAGAGCUGAAGGAGACAAAAGGCAAAAAAAGACCAACAGGAAAUAUACAGCUGUAACGCUGCCUAAAAGUGAGCUUUGUUAAAUUAUAAGAUACUGGCAUUGCUCAAAAUGCCAGAACAACACCCCCACAUAACAGCAGGUACUUUUCCUUGACAAAAAAUAUGAAUCCUUACACUCUUGAUUCAAGUAGAUAUAAACUCCACAAGGUAACUGCAUUUUAACUUAAAAGAGUGCUGAGAAGCAGUAGGUCUGAAGAUCUGUCAAAACAGGAGAUAUUAGGAUACAGUAGUAGAGUCCAGAGCACUGCCAUGCUUAUACUAAGCGAUCCAUGCAGUGUUUUUAAAAAAUGACUCAAUAUGCAAAAAAGUAAUUUAGUAUGCUUUUAAACACCCUCUGAGCAUUAUGGGUGUAUUAACAAGAUUUUUUUUUUUGGACUCCAUAAACAUAAGUAAGAUAAAAGUCGAGUAAAAUAACAGGAAACAAAACAACGUUUUAGGUAAAUGAAGCACUAAAAUGCAAUUAAAUCUUUAAUUUGCUCAUUUCUUGUACUUUCUUUGCAACUGCGUACCAAAGAACAACUGAAGCUUGAUGAAAUGCUUUUUAAUCUUUAGUGCUCGGUUUUAUCUUGAUUCAAGUUGUGGUGUAUAAUUAUCAAAGUUUUGUACUGUGCUAAUGAACUGGCUUUUACAAUAGAGUUGAGCCUAAUUAUAAUGCUGCUUUGAAAUCCAAGCACAAUCCUCUUGAGAAGCUACGAAUAAGAAGCAAGUUAAGAUACUCCGCCCCUGGCUUUAAGAUAUGUGGGGUAUUAUUAUUCUGUAAGGAGUACUGAAUAAUACGCAGCUGUCAAAGCAAGCAUGCUUAAGUAAAAAGCAGAGGAGACAAAGCUUUGUGGUCUCCUUGGUAGCUUGUCUGCCUGCAGCCCUGCUUGUGCUGUCUCAUAAUACCCCUCUGAGCUGCGGACUCUUUCAGCAUUGUGUUCUGGUUACCAAGUAUUAAGAAGCUAAUAUUUGUUGUGUUCAUGCUUUCUGUUACCGAUGCCACACAGUGAAUACCUUUCUUUUCUGAUUCUCCAAUAGUCUGCAAAGAAGAGUAGCAGCGAGCCGAGUCCUUAUGUCCAGAUGACUGUUGGACACAAAACACUCGAGAGUAAGGUGAGUCAUUCGAAUAGGCAUCCAUUAGUAUAAUUAUAUUUCAGAUUUCAUCCUUGGCUCUGAGUGUGAUACAUUUAUUUGUGGUAAAAGGCUAUGCCUUGCACCACAAAUUUAGACUAAAAAUAUAUUUCCCAUUUUAAAGUGCUGUUUAAAGCAGAGAUUGAACACAGCAGUUAUUUGUAUCUGAAUACGUCUCCCAUUCUUACACAUAAAAAGGUAUUGAAUUCUCACAGGCAGUACAUCUCAUUCUUUAAAUGCCUCCCUCAAGGGCUUUCUAUAACAGCAUGUUCUCCUCUGACUGGAACUCACAGGGAGAGGGGGGGGAAUGGUUGUAAGAGAAAAUAAAAUCAUGUAUCAUAACUGCCAACAAACCUGUAAGUGUGGACUAAAAGCUUUUGUACUGACAUUAAGUGUGUUUCCAAGCUGUAUCUCAUAGGAAAUUUCUGGGUAAAGUCCAGAAGGGAAUUGUUUAAAGGUAGAAGAAUCAUUUAAAUGGACAAAGAUAUGGUUCUUCGCUGUGCAACAGAGCUGGAUAAUGGGUGAAAUGGAGAAGGUUUCCACCAUUGACCAUUGACAGCAUGCCUCUAUCUCCUCACAUUAAAAAGAUUAAGCCAAAGCUGAGGCCAUGCGAUUGAAGUAUCCUCUUGAUUGACUCAGUACAUUUAACUUAAUCAAGAAAUGUCAACAAUCCCUCAAGUCGAUACUGUACACAGCAGGGCAGAUUCUUGUGUAGAUUGAAGACGCUCACAACUAUAGAAAGAUCACAGACUCUUGUGUGUUAAGAAUGCCGAAGGAGCCGCCUUUGCCAUGUAAAGGUGUCAAUCAUGACAUCAGGUCCUCUUUUUUCAGCCUCAAAAAAUAACUAAAGCUAAACUCUUCAUGUAAAAGAACACUUGCAUGAAAUUUAGUAUCACUAGAACUAACCAUCAAGACUGAAAAGCAUAUUAAGGGAAAAUUAACAUGGCCUGUAUUUGAAUUUUUUAGUUUGGUACAUGUGCCAUCUGUCAACAUGGAGGAGGUGGGCUUCUUGAUUUGUACAGCAGCCAAUCGCCAAGGAAGACCUCUGUUUCAUACAGUCUUUUACUACAAACUGUUGUUAGUUGAAGCCUUCUCUAUUCUGCAAAGUGUGCAGACUUAUCUGUAUCAGGACACCAGUGGUCUAGCCGUCCAAGUGCCCCAUACAUAGAGGUUACAGUCCUUGUUGCAGCAUCUGCUGGUUCUAUUCUCGCCAUAACCCUUUGAUGCAUGUCAUCCCCCUUCUCUAAUCUCCACUUUUACCAUCUCUCUUUAGCUAUUCUGUCUUAUGAAGGCAAAAUCGCUUAAAAUUAUAACCCUCCUGCUGUAAAUGUUUGGGCUUCACUUUUGGGGAACUGCUGUGCCGUCCAUUUUUAUAUAUACCAUAGUUUUAACAUGAAUUGAAUUGACAGCACUUCUGACUUCAAACUGAACGAUAAUACACGCACCACAAGAGUUAAGUAGUGAAAGUGUUGUUUUUAAGGUCUUUCACCAUCAUUUCAUGCCUUUCUACCCCUUAUCAUUAAACCUCUGCUCUGGUUAAAGCUGGGCGGGGUUGUGCUUUAAAGUAAGUGGUGUCAUCAAUAAGCGAAGGAUAUCAUUAAAGUGUUUAUAAGUCGGGGUGGCCUUCUCCUGCAGGCAGUUUUUAUUUGCACUGUUAGACUUGUCUUUAAAUAACAACCUUAAGAAAAUCUAAUGUCACAGCUCAGAGUUUGGAUGCUUGUUAUUUCCCAUGUGUCUGCUCUUCCUUCCUAAUGCGGCAUUUUUCCCUCCUCUUCAACUGCCUGCCCCGCCAUCAUUAGUUUCACCUUUUCAACAGUCUGAGUCUUCCCACACAAAUAUUAAACACUUUCUUUGUCGGUUCCUCAGCAUAAAGAUGUUUUUUAAGGCUUCUUGCCAGAACAUUGUGUGAGUUUCUAUUACCUGCCUGUUUUGAUCCAGUCCCUGAACUUGCUUUAUUUCCUGCCUGUCAUAUCCGUACUCGGUAAGCCUUUUUGUUUGGCCAUUAGAUGUCCUGCAUUAUUGCAUCUACUUGAGCUCUUGCUCACAGUGUCUGCAUUUGAGCACAGUUUCACUGUCUCCAGUGUUUUGUGACACCCAAGAAUGUGGCUCAAAUUUCUCUCCCUCUGAGAAAUAAUGUCUUUUCAGUGAGUCUGUGAUAUCAGAAGGCUCAAUAAGGCUGUCUCUGUAGGAAGGAGGCCUGAGAGGUGCACAGAGAGGAAUAUUUAACAGGGCACUACUGUCAAUUCAAUUCAAUUCAGCUUUAUUUAUAUGGUGCUUUUCGUACAUAAGGAAAUGCAAUUCAAAGUGCCUCACAGAGGCUAAAAACAACAAUGAACACAAAAACCCAACCCUUCCACCCACACAUACAUUGUCAUUUCAUUCUUUAAGGAAUUGAGCCCAAGUGCUUAACUUAUGCAAGCUUUUCUUAAAGUUGUACCAAUUCAACAACCCAUGAGUUUCCUGUGUAAAAAAAUCAAAAUUGACAAGCAGAUCUUGGGAGUACAAAGUCUUGUAUGUUUUAUACCUAAUUUCAGGACCAGAAAUUCCCCGCUCUGAAUCAGUUGUAAGUGUUCAUUUGUACUUACAAUCCAAGUUACAGUAAGCAGAUAAUCCUGUCUGCUGGGAAAAUAGAUUAUGAUGUGUCGAGUUUUAGGUGAUAUCAGAUUGCAGUGAGGCGCACCAUCCUGGAAGGCAUUUUACCAAAUAAGAUGAAGUAAAACCGGUUUGCCUCAGUCUGACUUUUAGCAAACAUCAAGCAUCCUGAUCUGGACUGGGGUCAGGUGAUUGUUGUAACCAGUCAGCUAUGUUGUAGAAUCUACUACAUCAGCCUUUCUUCAGAUACUGUUUUGUCCAACUAAAGGAAAAUACUCAUUAAAAAUCCUUUUUUGUACACCGAGCCAAAACUAAUUCAGAGACCACACCAUCUCCUCCGCUCUUUAUUAAUGGAAAGCGAUAUUGGAUGGAAACUGACUAAUUGACAAAUCGAAUUGUACAUUAUUAAAACUGACAGAGCUUGAAAAGAUUUGUAGUGGAGAUUGUUAUUGGGUACAACUGCUGGAAUGAAACAAGUGAAAUGAUAUUGAAUGAGAGGAAGCAAAUACUUUAAAGCAAGCAUAACAAUAAAAACUCAAAUAGUAGUGCCAGAAAGUGGCAGGACAAAAAUUAGGUUUGGAUAAAAAGUGACUUGAUGGUUGGUGAUUCGAUCCCAGCUCCAGCAGUCUACAUACUGAGGUGUCCUUGGGCAGAUUACUGCGCCCCAAGCUGCCUGCAGUGGCACAGCCAGCAGCACAAGAACAUGUAAAAGUGAUUAGUUAAUACUGAUGGGCACUUUACUAAGAAGCCUCUGCUGUCAGUGUGUGAAUGUAGAGUGAAAGGGUGAAAGAGACGUGACGUAAAAGCUCUUGAGUGGUUAAAAGACUAGAGAAAGAGCUUUACAAAUCAAGUCCAUUUAUCAUUAAUUGUGAGGUUAGAGCAGGGAGAAGAAAAAUGCAGGAAAUACAGAAAGAAAGUUGGAAAUAAGAUGAGAAGAAUAAAAAAAACAGUCCAUAAGCAACUCCUGUGAAAAUCAUCUGCUCUCCUCUGAAUGCUCUCAAAUCUAUUAUGUUAUAAGUAAAAAUAAAAUAAAAUAUCCUACAUGUAAAGAGAAAAAAAAUAUGAAAACCUGACAUUUAAAAAAAAAUCAUUACAUGCCUGGAGUGUUUUUUAUAUUAUGACUGAAACAUUCAUUUGUGAUUGAACAAAACUCAUAAUUUAUAGAUUUCUCCAUGAAUUGUGUUCUCAAUUAGCUGCACUCGAUCGUCUUUUAAUUAACGAUUGAUUUUCUGUACACGUAUAAAGAUCCGGUACAAGACCAAGGAGCCUCUGUGGGAAGAUUGCUUCUCAUUCCUUGUUCAUAACCCCAGGAGGCAGGAGCUGGAGGUGGAGGUAAUGCAGCAUACAUUCUCACUAAUGAUGUGGGGGUUUUUUUUGGAUCAUGCACCAAAUGAUUAAAGCCGCUGACUCACCUUUAAGCCACGGAUCUUCCUCCUCUCUUAUGCACAGGUGAAAGAUGACAAGCACAAAUGCACCUUGGGAAAUUUGACGGUACCUUUGAGCAGCCUGUUGGCGGAGGAGGACAUGACGCUGAAUCAGUGCUUUCCUCUCAGGAACUCCGGACCCAGCUCCACCAUCAAGCUCAAGAUGGCCCUGAGGGUAAAAUACGGACUUCAUCACUCCUCAUUGAACUUGUAUGCAAAAGUGAUGUAGGUUUUUUCAUUACAGGUAACGGACAAAUCUUUAAGAUGUGCUGAUUCAAGCAAAGUUGCUGAUUGAAUCUUUAAAAGUACUUAGGAACACAGAUGUUGAAGCUAAAUAAAUAUUGCAGUCUUGGCAGUAAAAUGUUAAUUAUUAACUCUGUUCCCCAAAGUCUUUAUGUUUUAUGCUCUUAGUUUAAGGCUAAUUUCACUCCUGGCUAAGCUCCACUGCCUUAAGCAGCUUUUGUCAUAAACUAAGCUGGCUGCAUACAGGUGAAAAGUCCUGAUAAAAGUUGCUAUUUGUGUUUCCAGCCAAUAUUUAUUGACAAAGGGUGUGGUGCAGAGUAAAAGAGGGCACCGUUAAGUGGCGCAGAAUCUUGACGUGGUGAGGCACAGGGCACAUAGAGGUUAGAUUAUAUCCUUUUUAUGAUCCAUAGUUGUGGUUUGGGUGUAACAAUGAAUCAAACAAAUCAGUGCGUCUGCCUCCAUUCCCUUUAAGGACUAAGUGCUCCUGCAGAGAGAUGAUUGAUUUACAUAGCAAAUUUCAGUCCUUCCACUCAAACAGACCUGGCCGGAGAUGACAGAUUUCACUUCUCUCCUGCAAUAGUACCACUUAAAAAAACCACAGGUCACGGUAUGAGUUAUUUCAAAGCACUGAGGAACCGAUCAGAGACUCGACAAACAAAAAAAGUGGUGCACAUUUUCAGUGAUUUAAAAUUCGAGACAAUAUUGGCAAAGUCUAAUGGUGACUAAUGCCUCGUCUACCUAACACCAAAGAAAGUUAGGGGCUGAUAUUUACUUAUUUUUGCUGCUGGAUCACGUUGAUGGGAUUUGUAGUUUGUGCAUAAAGGAGUGUUCAGUCUUUGUAAAGAUCUGGAAGCACCUUAGUCAGUGGCACCAAGAUUAAAGUAUAGAGACUGUAGAAAAAUACUGCUUAGCUGUGCGUGAGCGUGUGUGUGUGUUUCUGGUUCAUUAUCUGUGCUUGUGUUUUUUCUCCUGUGCUCCUGUGGUCCCCUCAAGUUGCUCCUCACUUCUCUAGUGUUUUUGGCUUUGUGUUUUUUUAUUAAUUGGAUUUUUGGUUGGACCUAAAAAGUUUGUUUUUUAUGCCUUUUUCUGAAGUUGUAUUCGAUAAAUAUUUCACUUGAGUCUGCAUUUCAGGUCCUUUUCUCUGUGUAAGUGUUUAUUCUGUGACAGCAGGUGUGUGGAUAGAGAGCAGUGAGCGUUUCUUCUGUUUUCCUGAGGUCGACACCAUGCCAGCAGCAGUUUCAUAAUGAAUCUUGAGGAGGGGAAAAAUACUUACAUCUCAGCCCUAUGUCUCAAAAAAUAACUGAAUUUCACUUUACCAGCCAAAGUACAUAUAUUUAUUUAUGAAUAGGAGCACUGCUGUGUGUAAAAAUAACAGAACUCUCAUGCCUAUCUCACCCUGUCACGAAUGCAUCCUCUAAAUAGCAGGAUACUACCCUACCGCUGACUGUAGACUCUUAACCAGGUCUUGUUGGUCUAAGGCACAGACGCUAUUUGCAUCUACAAGACAGCAAUGCACCACCUCUGCAUCUGACACCACCUCAUUUGAAGACCAACACAGCUUCAGGCGCUGCUGCAAUUUACCUGCUAUUUACACAGUGAGGGUUCUGGGCGUCAAACUGAUGAGUGCAUCAGGUGGAAAAUAACAAUGACACUUGCACACGAGAACACUUUGUGACAGGUGUACAAUAGGGCCUAAUGUCUUCUAAAGUCUGUCGAUUCCUGAAGAACCCCCAGCCUUACCACACAACUCAAAAGUUCAAUCAUUUCAUUACGGUGCUCUGAAAUCUCAUGACGCCUAAGAAAUAUUGACGUCCUGUGCAGCACAAGAUAUAGUAUAGAGUAAAUUGCUUUUGCCUUCAUGCUACUGGAUCAGAGUGUGUCAUUUUAUAUUGAAUCAUCACAGCUGAUCAAAUGAGGAUGAUUCCAGCCCUAUAAAAAUAUUGACCCGCGCUUAACUAGCUCUCCUGUAUUGGAUCACAACCAACAUAUCAAGAUUUAUGACGGAUAUUCGCAGAGGGGGAUGACUGUGGGUGCUUACUGAACCAUUUGAGCCACUUACAAGGACAGAUGGCAGUAAAAGGAAGCUCCUUCAGGUGCAGCCAAGAUGUUGAAUAAAUAUCACUGGAAAUCAGAAUCUGAAAUUUGAAGGUCACUCUGCCAAAAAGGCUUAAACACUCUGAUUGUGCAGUUUCCUAACACUGAAGAGUGUUUAAGCCACUCGAAGGCUUAUUUAACACCACCAAAUCCCCUUUGAAAAAGCUUUACUUCCUGAGUUAUAGCACUUUGCAUUAAAUCACACAAGCUUUAUCACACUAGCAUUAAAUUUUUGUUGCAAGAUCUGUUCAUUUUUUUUCUCGUCUCUCUCUGUAGAUCCUGUCCUUGGAAAAGCAGGUGUACUCAGACCAACCCUCAGCCGUCCGAGUCAGGAAGUCCAGCAUGCCACAGCCAAACACAAACACAAACACCCCGUCCCUCAGACUGUCGGCCUCAGAUUCUCCGCUACCUCCACCCACACCCCCACAGCCCAUAAAUGCUUCCACACUCACCCUCCAGCAACGCGAUGGAGAGCCGUACUCAGCCAGCCCGCUGCGUAGUGUCUCCAAUCUGAGUACCUGUAUGUCCAGCUCCCAGAAACACCUGCCUCACAAGGAGUCCACACCAAGCCUGGCCUCGGAUAUCUCCCUGCCCUUUGCUACUUUGGAGCUGCAACAGCGACUCCGGCAGCUGCAGAAGUAAUUUCACCCAUGAUGCACUAUUUUUCCUCAUUAUUCCCCAUCUGCUCUUCCUGUCAUAGCUAUUUCUCUGUAAUUCUUGUUCUCUAGAUUUUAUCGGAUUUUGGUUUACAUUAUUUCUAUCCUGCAAUCCCCUCAGAUGUAACACCAUAAAUUUUUCAAAUAUUUAUCUUUAGAGCAUUUUGUCAUACUGCCUGUCAAAGUAUCCAGCUGCCCCUCACUUUUCGUGCUGUAUGAGUUUAGUUGCAGCCCCUGGAAGUGACACUGACUUACUGUGCUGUUUUAUAGCGGCUCGGCCCCCAGCCAGUUCCCCCUGGGUGAGGUCCAGCUGACAGUUCGACACAGCGCCCAGAGGAAUAAACUCAUCGUGGUGGUACACGCCUGCCGGUGAGUUCCACAACUUCCAUCAUGCACUGAAUUUUAAUUUGGGUUCUGAAAGAUAUAUAAUGCUAUUUUGUCCUUCCAAAAGCUUCCCUCCCCACAGAGAACUUUGUCCUUGUUUUUUGGCCCAGGUUUUGGUCAUUUACUGUAAUUUAUUAACGUUGGUUUUUGCAGAUCCUCUUGUUUCCUUAGUAGCUGCAUAUACUUAGGAGUGAAUAGUCUCCAUUAAAGUCAACACCAUGUGCCUGGCAACACGUGAGUGAAACUAUUUUGUCCUGUGUGUCCUCAGUAACUUGAUAGCCUUCACCAAAGACAGCUCAGAUCCCUUCAUCCGCCUCUAUUUACUGCCUGACAAGAGCAGGACGGGGAGGAGGAAGACAGGAACCAUGAAGAGGACCCUCAACCCUGUUUUUGAUCAGACGUGGGUUGAAAUUUUAUCACUGUAAUAUCUUGAAUCCGAGUUGCUCACAGUCUGAUUUUCAGCUGGUUUCCGGUUUGUAUGUCCCUGCAUGGUGACUUAUAUUUAGUUCAGCAAUGUGCAGUUUCUAUGCGGAUGUGUAUCUCAUUUCAGUACCAUCUGUAACUGUUGUACCUUUAAAUAGGAGAAAAGUAGCGAUAUGACAGCGAGGAAAAGCUCACACAUGCUGCUCUUCUCAUCGCUCAUCUGUAUGGAGUGAGGGAUGUGAGAGCGAUCCCCCAAAUGGAUCCUCAAGGCCUUGCAAACAGAUCACUGAGCAAUCAAACUUAAAUGCAAGGAGCUAUUUAACAAUCUAGGUUCUCUUCCCUCCUCUGUUACUGGCUGUGUAACCUUUAUAACAAAUACUAGUGCAUAUUAACAAUAAAACAUUGCACCGUAUAUGAAGAGAGAAACUGAGCUACAAAUGAAAUAGUCAUGUCUGAUACAUCAACCUGUCACAGUACUACCCUGCCAGCUAAUUAUAUGCUAGUUUAGCAUAGCCCAUAAUAAUAAUAAUAACAAUAAUAAUAAUAAUAAUAAACUUUAUUUGUAUAGCACCUUUCAUGACAUGUGAUGCAGCUCAAAGUGCUUUACAAGUUAAAAACAAAGCACAAGUGCUUUACAGACAGGGUAGAUGAUUGACAAUAAAACAAAAAAAUUAACAAUAAAAACAAUAAAAUUAGCAAUUAAAAAAAAUAAUAAUAAAAAAUAAAAAAUAUAAAUAAAUAAAAAUAAGCAGAUAAUAAAUACAGAAGCAUAAAACAAGCGUAUAGUAGCGUUGAUAGUCGUGAGCCACAACCAAUAAGCUUGGCCCCCUUUCAGCUAGUUAUUUGUUGCCUUAAAUUAAGGAGCCUUUAUCAACAAACCAGCACUCUGCCAAACAUAAAUAUGCCACUGUUUUGUUUAAAUGCAUGAUUAAAUCAAAUGAGGGAGAAAAGUUUGAGAAACUGGCACCGUCAGCCUGGUUAUUUUGUACAUUUCUGACUGAAAUGUAUGUGAUUGCAGGUUUGAGUUUAGUGUAUCCAUGGUGGAGCUCCACAGGAGAACUCUGGAUGUAGCAGUAAAGAACGGAGGGAGCAUCCUCUCCAAACACAAAGGACUUUUAGGAAAGGUAACUCCUGCAGGUUUUAGCCGUCACACUGUGUCCCUAUGGCUGCUGAAAACUUAAAUCUCUUCCGUGCUUUUUCUUCAAAAUUGCAGGUGAUGGUAGAUUUGAGUGGGGACGAUAUAUCAAAAGGAUGGACUCAAUGGUGAACCUUUUAUUCUGCACCCUUUCAAGACUUUGUUGCCUGGUUUAGUGCUCACAUGUAAUACUUUUGUUGUUUCCUCUUGCAGGUAUGAUCUAACUGAAGAUGGCUGGACGUCUCAAAGCAUAAGAAAUAUUCAGGACCCCCUUCUCACAUAGUGACGCCACACCUCUGCUGUAACAUUGAAAUCUUGUUGAUAAAAGGGCACAUCAUUUUGUUGUAUUCGUGUACAUUUUUCAUAUAGUUUACAGGAAAUGUUUCAGCAUGCAAGAAGUUUUUCAAACUUUUCUUAUUAUUAUUAUAUUAUGAUCUUGAUUGGAAGAUAUUGUGAUGCAUUGAAACACAAUGACUGCCUUGUCCCUCCUUUUUUUCUGUGUUUUAUGUAAAUAUCAAGUUGCUGAUAUAAAAAUAAAUGAAUUUGCAGGGGCUUUGAUGGCAUUAAGUUUCCUUACAGGAAAUUAUAUUUGAAUUUGUAAAAGAAUAUUAAUGACUUUCUGUCCAAUUCGUUUAAAUGUGAAAAAAAAUGUGUUUUUAUGUCAUCUAAGAAAACUCCUACCAAAGGAACAGUUCCAGACUUAAAAGUUGGCUUAAGUAGCAGUCUUGACUUUGAGCUUUGUUGUCAUGCAGUGGUAUUUGAUUGUUUACCUCUUACUCUUAUGUUUUGCUCGAUUACAGAAACUGAAUGCAGAAAAUGAGAUGACUGUCUGUACAUUUGACGAGGACUUUGUGCAAUAUUGACUGUUCUGAUCAGUGCGUCAGAAACUGAUGAAAUAGGGGCAUUUUAAAGCUUUGAACAAGUGCUGUAUAUUAUGAACCGUUUUUAAGGAUACUUGAAUAAGGGUAUGGUUGUUAUACAAACCAAAUGUAAGUCAAACAAACUGAAUAAUAUGAGCAGAAACAUAUGUUGCAUUUUAUAAGCAGGGCUGCCAGAAUGUGCUGUUGAGAUGACAAAGCUAGAUAAUUAAACUGUACAGUGUCUGUCAUGCAGUCAUAACUUUUUGUUUGAGCGUUUAAAUACUUUUGUUAUCUAUCCUGUGCCUUAAAAAGCUACAGAAUCUUUGCCUUGUCAUUGUUAUUUUUUUGAAUGAUGCCUCAAGGGUUUUGAAGAAUAAAUUGUUUCUCUUGUGAAAAUUC